GAACUCGUGCUACAACUACCUUCAUAGAAUUCUCUUCACAAUCUUCACCUUCAUCCUAGGGCUCAAAUUCAUUCUCCCAAAAACCAUACAAACUAUAUUAUCCACAUUCGGAGAUUAGUACUUGCUCCUAAUUUAUUCAUUUCCAGUUGUCUUCUGCACAUAAUCAAAAGAAGAAAGAGUUAAUUUAGCAAUCCAAUGGCGUCGUUGAACUUGUUUAAUUUUACUCCAAUAGCAACCGCCGAGAGAAGCAGAGUAUACACCGCCUCCUUAGCAACCACCGAGCGAAGAAGAGUAUACACCGCCGCUACGGCGGCGAAGAGCUCAGGCGGAAACAGUGAGGAGAAGUCGCUGUUGGAUUUUAUCCUGGGGAGUUUACAGAAGGAAGAUCAGCUAUUGGAAGUAGAUCCAAUUUUGAAAAAAGUAGAGGGCAAGAGUGUUGGCACCACUAGCCGCGGUAAGAACUCUGUUGCUGUUCCUCCAAAGAAGAAUUCCAAUGGCGGCGGCUUCGGCGGAUUUGGUGGCCUCUUUGCCAAAAAAGAUUAAUGAACUCAUCAAUUAAUUAUUUCUCUGUAAGUCUGCUCUUUUUUUCUCUUGAUUACAACAGUGUCGAGCAAAUUGAGAUUCGAAAAAACCACUGGAGUUCUGCUUUCUUGUAUGAAGCUAAUGUCUUUCUGUAAUCUAUUACUCCUAUAUAAUUGAACAUUUCAUUUGAUAUGA